AUGGCUUCUCCAAGCCAAACUCAAGGCUCUGCGCCAAACACGCAACCUCUAACUCCACCCGCCGAAUCAUCAGGCACCAACGGUGUCUCAGGUCCAGGUCCAGCCGCGCCAUCAAGUUCGCAAGCACCUGCCGCCGCACCAGCAGCAGCCGCACCAACAACCUCAACCGCGCAACCCCCACAUAUACCCGGUACAUCUCUCCAAGACAGCGGCAAAACCCGUCGCCCACGCGAUGUCCGCCUAGUCCACAUGCUUCUCGCGUCUCUCGGCGUAACAGCCUACCAAGACCGCGUGCCCCUCCAACUCCUCGAUUUCGCCUACCGCUACACCUCCAACGUUCUCCAAGAUGCCGUGCAUCUGGCUACAGAAGGCUAUGCCGGAGCAGUCGGCGACGCAGCGGGAAACACAGGCAAGAAUGCCCAUUCGGCUGAAGCCAAUGGCGUCUCGCUGCCAGCAUUGCGGCUUAGCAUUGCGUCGCGGUUACAUUAUCAGUUCCAGACUGGAUUGCCGAAGGAGUUUCUGAUGGAUGUUGCUUCUGAGAGGAACCGUAUUGCUUUGCCUGGUGUUUCAAGAGGGUUUGAUGCGGCUGCCCAGGCUGGACCGAAUGGAGCGCCUGCCACUGGUGCACCGAAUCAGAGCAUUAUGAUGGCUGGCAUGCGACUACCACCAGAGAGAUUCUGUCUUACGGGUAUGGGGUGGAAUAUGAAGGAUGAGUGGGAUAGUGAAGGCGAGGAAGAGGAGGACAUGCCGGAUGCGCCGCAGCCGGCUGCUGGUGCUGGCAAGACCGAGGAAGGAGAAGAGGGUGAAGGUGAUGAGGAUGAGGAUGAGGAUGGGAAGAUGGAGGAUAUCUUUGGCGAGGAUACCGCUAUGGGUGAAGCUGGCGAGGGCGAUGGGGAUCAGAACAUGAAUGAUGCUUAG